AUGGCCUCAUACAGCCGUAGAUCAGCUCACAAAACCGACCGAUUCGACGGCAUAGCGAUGCCGAUCCCCAUUCGACCUGGCCAGAUCAUGCUUCUCGACAGCCUCCUCAACUUCGACCCAGUUCCUGCAGAGGAACUGGAGGGCGCCGUGAUCGGGCCACUUCCAACUCCGUCUACCCUUCGUCCCGUCGACGAGGCUGCCUCCGAUGCCUCUAGCGACGGGGGGGUACCCCUAGGUUCAGAGUCGCCCGUCACCGUCCCUUGCCUGGAUGGGGCGGCCUUGCCAACUGGCUCUGCUCCUACCCCAGCUCCCGCCUCCGGGGCAGCCACCUUCCGCCUAAACCCCGAGGUGGCUGCUUUCGUUCCCCAGGCAGCGAGCACCAGCUUGCCAAGUUCCUCUGGCACUCGCCGCAUGUUGAACGUCAACCCGGAGUCGGCCUCCUUCGUCCCCCUCGCCCUCCAAGCCCCGGCCAGCAACCCGACCGCCGACACUUUCCUCCCAGCUGACGACGACGCUGCACACACCGACUGCAGCUGCUGUGAUGGGUUCUAUCCUGGUACGACCGGUAAGCAAAUCCCCGACCCCAUCGACACCCCUCCCACUCCGACCGUCGACCCCCUGGUCACUGACAUCACGCCUGCAAAUCCACCACCAGGGGACCAGCUCGACAUCACACCUCCCCUGCAACCACAACACAGCAUCAACAUCGGCUUCCCGUACGCCGGAGGCCACAACAUCCCAACCCGCCCCCUGAGCCCGCCCCCCGACCUUGACGUCCGUCGCAACACCCUAGUCACCCACACCAUAGCGCUCCUCCACGCCCGCGGCCUCAACUGGACCCGCGUACAGUCGUGCAUCCGCACACCCCUAAACGACCCCGCCUCCCGGCCCAGACCGACAAUACUCAUCACCAUGGGCCUCCUCCACGUUGAUCGGGAGGCACUCGCAAGGGCCUUUCGCGAGAUUCUGCUCUUCGCGGAGCAGGAGCUCGAGCUCCCGGCUAUCAACGUCAAGGCUGUGGACACGCUGUACGCCGGCACCGACAACGAGCUGAACCACAAUACCAAUGAUGAAAACGACGACGACGACUGCGUCCUCCCCGACUUCGACCAGUCCCUCCUAGCCGAGGUGUUUCGUCUGACGAACACGGACGUAUACCUGCCUCCCCCCUUUGUGUGGGUUAACUUUGUCCGCGGGUGUACACGCCUCGCCCGUUGA